UGGGUUAGACGAUCUUUACCUAUCAUUUAGAAUUGUCCAGCUGCAUGCAAGAAAGAACACACGUACACUACUUGUACUUGUACUCAUAAGACGGCCGGCUGUACUGGGCUCUUUCUUGGCGUUACAGUGCUGCAGCUGCAGUCAUUAUUAAGGAUAUAAUGCAAGCUCUCUCUCAAUUGCAGAGUGUGUUGAAAGAGCUCCAGGAGGUGCAUGAUGAUGAGCGAUUGUCUGAUCUGUGUGACAAGGCUCUCCAUCUCCUCGAGGACCUGCCCAAUAUUGACGCUAGCGGGAGAGAUGGUCGGACAAUGGCCGUGCAGCUCUACACCAGUGGCAUCACACUAUGGAACAAAACAGUGGCACUCAAGAGUGCAGGGGCCAUUGCACUCAGCCUUAACGCUCAGAUGCGGCACAUUUCCUGUUCUCUGGUCUUGCUGUCCAACCCUUUGGAGCAAACUGAAGCGAAUAUCCUCAAGCAAGUCACUAUGGCUACCAAGACUGGUAGAGCAUGGCUAGACUGUGACAACCCCACAAUGGCUGAGGCCUCACUCACACUGGCCAGUAAUUGUUGGGAGAAGCUGCACUCCCAAUACCCAGCCGUUAGCAAGGACCCCACCAAAGUGAAGACUCUAUUCCGAGUGCUUUGCUUCAGAGCCGAGGCGUGUGUGUGUCUAGACCAACAUGAAGGUGCCAUACAAUUCAUGGAGCAGGCCAAGGAACUACUCAACAUAACUGAAUCACCUUCUGAGACUGCCUAUCUUGCUAUGCUGUGCUACAACUUUGGAUUGGAUCAGUUUCAGAAAGGGCCUAACGAGUACUGUACCUCAUGGCUCAAAGAGAGCUAUGAGCUGGGUAGGGAUUGUCCUAGUCUGGGUGCUGUGAAGCAGGCACGAACUCUCCGUCUCCUGGCCAAUACCUUCCUGGAUCUGGGCGGUGAGGGGCAAUGGCAGAAGGCACUCAACGCUGUCAGUCUGGCGAACUCCGAGCACUCACAUCCGGCCGGGUUCCUGCUUAAGACUAGCAUCUUAUUGCAACAUGACAGUGGGAAUGAGAGACUAGCACAAUGUUUUGAGUCCACUCUCCAACAUUCUGAUCUCAGUAUUGACAUGGGGUUAUCUACUGUGAGACUAGCGUCCAAUCACGGGAGAGCUGACCUGUCCAUGUCUGGACUGACCAACCUUGCCAGGCGAUUCCAGAACUCACCAGAUGUCUAUAGAAUCCAUCUCCUACAUUUGGAGGUUCUGUUGGAGAAUGGCCGUCUCUCAGAGGGCAAACAGUUGGUUGAGGACUGUAUCACAGCUCACAAUACCGGCUCCCCUAUAGACAGUCAGUACCUCAAGCAGUUCCAUGUGAUCCUCUGGGACCAAGCCUCUCAAGCCAGUCAAAAGUUAGAAUAUAGUGAGGCCAUCGUCUGGUACAACUACUCUCUGAGCCUGUUCACCACCGAUGGAGAGAAAGACAAGAACAUUGCCAAGCUGCAGCGUAAUCGGUGCUCUUGUUUCCUUCACCUUGGUGAUAAUGCCAAGGCUGCUGAAGCCAUCCAACAGAGCAAGACUCAUGACACUGAGUGCCCUCAGGCUCACUUCCUCGCCUUCAAACUGGCCAUCCUUCAAGGGGAACACGAUAAUGCUGUAGAGUCAUUGAAUUCUGUUGUCCUCACCUCCUCUUCGGACGGUGUGGGUAAUGGACUAAUCUGUUUGGCUGCCCAACUCGCAUUUGAGCAAAGCAAUCGUGAGCUGGCAGUACUGGCUCUUGAGAAGCUGGUGAAUGUGUCUGAGGACCCACAGAUCUUUACUGCCCUUCGCUGUCUUAUUCGACUCAAAUUAUCCCUGAUUAAUUCAGCCACUUCAGACAAAAUAGUGGCUCUGUGCAGUAUGCUUGGCUAUAUCCAAUCUGCCCAGUCCAAGCUUCCCCUCUUGCCCAGUCCCCUAGCCAAACAGAAGGAGGCGGCUUGGUUCCUCAAGGUGGCCUGGAACCUUGCCCUACAGUGCGAGGACAACUACCAGCAGAUGAGAGAGUUCUAUGUGGCCUGCUACUCUCUUUCUGAGGUUCUCAGCACUGACCCUUCAGUGCUACUACGUCAGAAGACCUGUCAACUGAUGGCUGCUGCUGCAAGUAUCAAUCUAGGCAGGAGCGCUGACUCUGAGAUUAAGAAUUCUUCGUAUAAGGCUGUUCUGGAUCAUGUUUCCAAGUGCCGUGGUAUCUGCAAGCAACUAGGCCUAUCGAAUGCAGCCAGUGACCCCACCCCCUCCUUGCUGUCACUCUAUGAGUUUGAGGCCAAACUGGAGCUGGGUGCUAACGACCUUGACUCUAUGCUGGCUCACAUCUCUUCUCUGCCUGGGCUGGAGGCAAAGACUCUAGAAACAAUGGCUGCCCUGUGUGUGCGUUGCUCCCAGCCUGGUCUAGCAGUGCAGGCACUGAGACUGGCUAUACAACACCACCUCAGAGCAGGGGAUUUGGAUGGAGAAAAACUCGGCAAGUGCUAUCAUAGCCUGGUGCAGCUGGUGAUGGGAAGUGACUGUGGCAGUGACAUGGCAACCAAGGAGCACGCUCGAUCCAUUCUCAACGAGGUGCUGGAUCUGCUGGAUACCAAGGCCAAGGAGAGUUUCCCUGAAAUGGAGAUUCUGUGGCUAUUGACUAAGUCCUGGAAUUAUGGUGUGCACAUGUACAGCUCUCUGCGAUUCAAGGAGUCUGAGCUCUGGUGCAGCCUGGGCAUGAGGUUCCUCAAGCACCUCUCACAACUCAAGCACAGCUAUGAGGAUCAGAUGAGUUCUGUGUACACCAAAGUUCUGGCCAAGGUCCAAUCUGACUCUAUUCAUAUGCACACGUUACAGUGAUUUGUCAUGUUAAAGCAUUAAAUAUUCAGUUCAUUAAUCAAGAGACAUUUUAGAAAUUAUGGUUGUAAUUUUUAUUCUCUGAAAAGUGACACUAAUAAUUAAUGUGGUCAAA